CCGCAGCCGCCGCAGUCAUGCAGUCCCCGGCGGUGCUCGUCACCUCCAGGCAAGUUCAGAAUGUCCACACGGGCCUUGACCUGACCGUGCCCCAGCACCAGGAGGUGCGGGGCAAGAUGAUGUCCGGCCAUGUGGAGUACCAGAUCUUGGUGGUGACUCGGCUGGCUGCAUUCAAAUCAGCCAAGCACAGGCCUGAGGAUGUUGUCCAGUUCUUGGUCUCCAAAAAGUACAGCGAGAUCGAGGAGUUUUACCAGAAACUGAGCAGUUGUUAUCCAGCGGCUAACCUGCCACCACUGCCCAGAAAGGUGCUCUUUGUUGGGGAAUCUGACAUCCGGGAAAGGACAGCCAUGUUCAAUGACAUUCUGCGCUGCAUCUCGAAGGAUGCCCAGCUGGCAGGCAGCCCAGAGCUGCUAGAGUUCUUAGGCACCAGAUCCCCAGGGACUGGAGGUCUCACCAGCAGAGAUUCCUCUGUUCUAGAUGACACAGCCAGUCAGCCAGGGGACGAUGAGGAAGCUUUUGAUUUCUUCAAGCAGCAGGACCUAGUGGCAGGUGAGGGCCCACCCAUCCUGGCCCAUAAGGAUGCAGAAAAGUCCUUGGAAGAGGAGGAGGAAGAGGAGGAGGCAUUGGAUCCAUUGGGCAUUAUGCGCUCCAAGAAGUCCAAGAAAGGCCCCCAGGUGACGGUGAAGCCCAAGCCCUCACCCCGGCUCACCAUCUUUGACGAGGAGGUGGACCCUGAUGAGGAACUCUUUGGCCCAAGCAGGAAACUGUCCCCUCGGAGCCCCUUGAAGAACACACCCCAGGACUCCCUGAAGCUGUUUGAUGACCCUGACCUUGGUGGGGCCGUCCCCCUGGGUGACCCCUUACUGCUGCCAGCCGCCUGUGAAAAUGGAGGGCCCACAUCAGGCCGGGGCCUCAGAUCUGCAUCUGAAGAGCUGUUCAGAGUUGAAGAGGACUUGGACCAGAUUCUGAAGCUGGGGGCUGAGCCCAAACCCAAGCCCCAGCUUAAGCCCAAGCCACCAGUGGCAGCAAAACCGGCACUGCCCAGCAAGCCACCUGUGCCCCCCAGAGCAGGUGCAACUGAGAGCAUGGCGGGGCAGCAGAAGCAGCAGCAGCAGCAGAUCCAAGCCAUGGAUGAGAUGGACAUCUUGCAGUACAUUCGGGACCAUGACACACCUUCCCAGACCUCUCCCAGCCUCUUCUGACCCCACUCCAUGCUGCCUGGCCCUGCACACCCUCUGUGGAGGCGUAUGUGUGUGGAGCCAGGACACCCUUGGGACAGCAAGCCUGGGCCCCAGGACCACAUAAUUCUUUUUUCUCCUGGGCUGUGGGCUUGAUGUGGAAUCCCUGCAGAAUACAGGCUGGAAGUGACCAUGGGAAUUGAAGCCCACAGUGUCAGUCUAGCUGGGUGUGGAGGGGAGACUAAACAUGGAGCUGCUUGGCUCACCAAGGACAAGGUGAGAGGUGAGGGGACCCCGGGAGGUGUUCCAUGGGACAGGGAAACCUCCUACCCACCUGUGCCCACUGGCUCUGCCAGCCUAGCCUCAAAAGGAAGACCUGGCCUGACUGGGCCCAGGCUGAGAUGAGGGAGCACCCAUGCCAGGCCACCCAAGAGUCUCUGCUUAGCAUGCCAGGGCCUGGAGAGGGACACUGAGCAGAAGAGCCCUGCUGUCCAGAGUGCCCUGAUGAGUCUCUCAUGAGCCUCAUAGUUACCAGCCCUAAGGGGAGCAGCUGGGCCCAGCCUGCUUCUCUGGGAUAUAGAAGACUGCUGGAUCCCAAGUUUUCCUUCUACUUCCUUUCCCAGGAAGGGUCUAGCCAGCAGUGACCUCCUUGGGCCUCUGGGCACAGAGCCAGCACCCCCUAGACCUCUGCAUGAUCUUGGGACUUGAGUUGACUUUCUUCCCAGUGCCGUCUCCUGCUCUCCAAGGAACAUGAUGCUCUCAGGCUUCUGCUCCAAGGCCUUGCCUAUCCUCAGGAUCUGGACUUGUUCAGUGGCCUUUCACCAGUAGAAUCACCAACCUAGGGAGGAGCCUUGUUCCAGGGCAGGCCAGUGCCUCAGAGUUCUCCCAGCCCCGCAGAACCCACAGUGGGGCACACAGUGCUGGGUAAGAUGCAGCACCCAGGAGACUCAGCGAAUGUUGCUUCAUGGAGCAAAUAAUAUUAGAUUGUCUUUCUUGGAUGUAUAUUCUCCAUAUUCAGAGCUAGUUUUUAAUGAAACAAAAUAGUUUUUAACAAAAUGCAACCACUGUUGUUUCUUGGUGCUGUCCUGCCUGGCAGAGGCAUUGGAAGGGGUCAGGACCUAGGCCUGUGACCCUUUCCUGAUCAGGCCCAAGAGCCAGCCCAGGGGAGGCCCCAGGUGACGUGGGCCAGUUGUUUGCCACUGUGUGACCAGUAUCCACAGCUUCUGCCCUGUGCAGGAACCGCAGGGCUGGGUUGGGAGCCCUGGGCCUGGUCUGUCAUCUGUCUUACCACAGCCCUCAUCAGCUGCCUGCCCUUGAGCAGGUCAACACCCAGUGAGAAGAUGUAGGUGGUACUGGGCAGAGUUCUGCCUUGUCUGGUCAGAGGGGCGUCUCUCCUCAGGGACUGGGAGCUGGCUGUAGAACAGCUUCCACCCUGGCUCAUCUUUCCCUUUCUCCAUCUGGCAUUCAAACCCUCCACCCUUCACCUGUUCGUGCCCAGCCCUGCACCCCACAGUCUCUGCUGGCUGUGAAGGAAGGCCUCUGAGGACCUGAGACCAUGUAGCCAGGUCUUCUCUGAGAGUCUGCCCAGUCAGUACUGGCCCCAGCCCUCCUUUGGGCUCUUCGCAACCCCUGCCCUCUCCUCUGCAUCCUGGCUAUCAACUCCUUAUCCUUCCCCACCUCCCCGCCCCCCUUUUCUGGGUGACUGGUAAUGUAGGAGCAGAGGAUGUAGCUGGCAAAGUGGCCAUUGGACCAGUCCCCUGGCUUGGGCCUCUGACAGAAUCUGGCCAGACACUUUAGUGUGGGUUUGCCCACUGCACGCCCUGCCUCCUCGGUGGCCUGGAAUUUUCUAGAUGCUUCUACAGAGGUCUGUGUCCCUGAGACAUGGCUGUUCCAGCUGUGGCUUGUUCUCACCAUACAUCUAAGACCUAAAGCCAGUGGGUGACACCCAUCAUCCAGUAAAGUCUGUGUGCGUGCCUCAUUCUGGAAUGUGCCAGUGAUGUCCUUUUCCAUCCCUGGACUGAUGGGAGGUGGCGGGGAGUGUCAGGGUGCAGGAGAUGCAUGUAGGGGGUUACUCAUAGCAAGAGACAACCAGACGAGCUUCCCUCGUGGGACCCCACAUCUUCUGUUGCUCUGCCUCAUCCUCCCAGCUGCCUCUUACUAAGGUAGGGCAAAAGGAAGAGGAAGAUUCUGUUCUUUCCCAUUGUGUAAACUGAGGCAAAGGACCCAGAGGCGCAAGCCCAGUGAGGACAUUAGGCCAGUAACUGAUCAUCCAAGACCUGUGUAGAAAGAGGAGCCCUUCCUUCUCCAGGCCUCACCUCCCACCCCCACACUGCAGAGCUCUAAGCUGGGACCAUCUAAUGUCACACAGCCCUCCUGGCCUCUGCCCACACCUGUCCUGGCCUCUGCUCUCCUGCUAGAACUCAGGUUCUAGGCUGCUGCUUCAUCCCUGAGACCCAGAGGUUCAACAGCAGAUGCUGCAGGGUGACACCCACUGGAUACCUGAGAACAGGUUCCCGGGGAGCCAGGGACUCCACACACAGGACAGUCUGUGGGCUGACAUCGCCGCCUCCCUCCCCCACACCUUGAGCUUGGCUCUUGCAGCCGAGAUUGAGUUGGGAGUCUGGGUUCCCACAGACCAUCAGGCCAUUCUGAGGAGGACUGCUCAGCCCCAGAGCGUGCAGCUGAAUUCACCGUGGAAGAGAAACUGAGAGGCUGAACUGGGGACAGUGUCAUUUGUUUACUUGGAAGGCCAUUGCAAGCCCGUGUACAGGAUGUGCCAUCUGUGGCUGGGCCUGCUGCUCCCUUUCCCCUGCAUUGUUUCUCUCAGGAAGCCAUGAGUUCAGGCCAGUUCUGGAAAGUCCCAGUCUUCAGGCUGGACCUAGCCAGGCCAGUGUCCUGGGCUCUGCUGGAGAUGCCCACCCAUUAAGCUCCAAUCUCAUGACCAUGUCGAUUUGAUGUGACCAGACCUCAGCUCACCCAUUGUACCCCGAGGGCUGUCCUACCGCUGGAGCCCUCAUGCCAGGUGAGGCAAGAUAGCCACGUCACUCUUGGGGACCCUGUUCCUCCAUGCCCAGCUGACAGCUGAGUUUUGUGGAUUUAACUGGCAUGGAAGGUCAUGGUCAGUUCUCUAGCUCACCAGCUACCCAGCCGAACACAUCCUGAGAAAGAGGGCCACAGAGCUACCAAUAUGUCCCUGAAUAGUGGCUUUGGCUGGACAGCAGUCAUUUUCCCGUGCUGUGGGGGUGUGUGUGUAGACUGCUGGCCACCCAGAGCAGGCACAGUUAAGGCACAGACCCCUUUAAAUGGUCCUGCUCACUGCAAACUCCCCGGGUUCAAACCAUCCUCUGCUUUGUGCCGUUGUGGCUAGGGGAAGCUGCCCAAGGGGCACGUGAGUGGUCAUAAGUGGCUGUUGGUUCUCCUGGAGCCCACAGCAUCCUGGUGAAGCAGCGGUCAGGCUGAGUCACCAUGGAGCUAUCUGGGUUCCAGCCCAGCUGGGCUCUGUGAAGUCCCCUCACUCCCCAGUGCCAAGCAAGGACCUUUACCCAGACUUAUGUGAAUGUAAAAUCCCAUCCGUGCCUAAAAAAUGUUUUAGUGGCUGGUCCCUCCUCACAGAGGGACCCUCUGCCCAGGACAAGCUGGCCGCAGGGUGGGUGACCAGAAACAGGUCAGCUUUAGCUCAACCUCCAGCCGGGUGCCCCUGAUCUCUAUGCUGGAUGUUGUGCUAUGACAUGGUGAAAACAGAGUGUGCAGACCUCCACCUGCCCAGUGUGCUGGCCUCUGGCUCCUGUUGUCCAUGCUCUGGCCACUGGUGAGAACUGAGAUCAUUCUCAGGACGAAGCUGCAGCUUCUGGCUUGGGGAUUAUGGGCUCGGCAUGAGGCUUGGUAAGCGGACUCUAAAGGCAACUUAGAGGCCUGAUGCAUCUCUGCCGACUCAGCAAAGAGAAUGGCCUGUGAACAGAUUGUUAAUAAAGCUGGGGUAACUCCCUCCAGCCUUGCUGGCCA